AUGGAGGGGAACCCUUCCGAGACAGUUGUGAGGAAAUUUCUCUGUGCUUUACCCAGUCACAUGACACAACCUAGGUUGUAUUUUGGGUUAUCACAGCGCGAGUACUUCCUGGUCGCUGGAAGAAAUGUCCUUUCCAUCCGCUACCAGCAGUCAUCAGACAUGGCCAAACGGAACUCGCAGAGAAAAUCAGGUGGACUUAUCAGGGCGAAUGGUUCAUGUAACUGCUCACAAUUUCCAACAAAACGAGUGAACUUGAGCCAUUUUCCUGGCAUUUUCAAAGAAAUUAAGGGAAGUUGUGCUUCUCUGCAUGAACAUGAUGACUUCUAUGCCAAUAAUCUGUACCUGAACUAUGGAGAGAUUGGACAGACUGUGAAGCAGCUCAUGGACGAAUUUCAGCGCAAGGCUAAGAGCCAUCAGAAAGUUGAGAGCAUUGCAGAUAUGAAGGCCUUUGUUGAAAACUACCCCCAGUUUAAGAAAAUGUCAGGAACAGUGUCCAAACAUGUGGCGGUUAUCAGUGAGCUGUCGUCUCAGGUUGGAAAGCGCAAUUUACUGGAAGUAUCUGAGAUGGAACAAGAGCUUGCUUGUCAGAAUCAGCACUCUCAACAGCUCCAGGUAAAUCAGACAAUAUAAUAUUGCUCUACAUAA